AUGGUUGUUACAGAAACCACUCACAGGAGGAAGCACGCUAAUAUUCCUCUGUCUCUUCCCGAAUACCCUAAUGCUCAUCAGUCUGCUUCCAAAAAGCCUGAUCAUUCUCAGUCUGAGUCUCGAGAUCCUACUAAUCCUCAUUCUGGUCUCCAAGACACUCAGUCUGCUCCCCAAGAUCCCAAUGCUUCUCUAGAUAAACAGAAAGACUAUUACUAUCCUCCAAUUAAUAUUCAAGACCAUAAUACUCUUCAGUCUGGUCCCCAAGAACCUAAUAUUUCUCAGUCUGGUCCCAAGACCCUAAUACUCCUCAGUUUCGUUCUCAAGACAAUAAUACUCUUCAGCCAGACCCUCAAGACAAUAAUAAAGAGUUGGGCCCCGAAGAUCCCAGUACUCCAAAGGCAAGUUCCCAAGACCUUUAGUCCCCAAUACCCUGAUACUCCGCAAUCUGGUCCCCAAGAACGUAAUGCUCCUCAGUCUGGUCCUGAGGACCCAGAUACUCUUCAGUCUGGUCCCCAAGACCAUAAUUCUCCUCAGUUUGGUUCCCAGCACCCUAAUACUCCUCAUUCUGAUACUGAGGUCUCUAAUGCUCCUCAGUCUGAUCAACAAGACCGUGAUAGUCCUUAG